UGUGAAGUGUGUGUGUGUGUGUGUGUGUGUGUGUGUGUGUGUGUGUGUGUAUCAGUGAGGGGACCAUUUUAAAAUCUUGUCUCUGGGCCCACUUUAACCUUGCUACACCCCUGCUCUCUCUCUCUCUCUGAGAUUUCCUUCUCCCUAUGCUUAGUAAAGUUAUCUGUCAGAUGUUUGGACAGGGGCGCAAUUUCAGUGCUUGUCCUCGGUGCUAUUUUCCCUAGAUACGCCUCUGGAUAAUAUCUCAAAGUUCCCCUAUGUUUCCAAGUGGGAAAAAUAAGCAUUUUUUCUCUAAAGGUUGACAGAACUGUCCUGGAAAAGAAGAGUCCCUCUUCCAGCAAUGGUCAAGUUGAGGAAAGAACUUAUCUCUGCUAAUUUUAACCGCAUCAGUCCUUAUUCUCAACUCCUAGUUACUAUGCCAUGUGCAAAUCAGGCUGCCUGGAGCAAAAGUUCACUAAUGAGUCAAGCUCUUCCAUUCUACUAUCACCUCCUUGAGACACAAUCGCAAACAUGGAAUUUGGAAAGCUCAGAAAGAUGUGAAGUUCUGAUAAUGGAGAUGCCAACAGCAAUCUUGCAUCCUGGGAUAGAGGAGGAGGAGGAGGAGGAGGAGGAGGAAGAAGAAGAAGAAGAAGAAGAAGAAGAAGAAGAAGAAGAAGAAGAAGAAGAAGAAGAAGAAGAAGAAGAAGAAGAAGAAGAAGAAGAAGAAGAAGAAACACUACAAGCUCUCCCUACUUUUCCUUUUUCCUCUCCAGUGACAACAGAGUAGAAUGUUUAUAUUUGCUUUAAAUCAUUUUUUAAAAUGAUCCUUACCGCUCCUAUGCAGUAAGGUUGGAGUGAGGCAACAGCCUUGGCUGACAUCCAGACUAAGAAAGCAGGUGUGCAAGCAAUGUGCAGCAUGCACAGAGAAGGGGUGGGUUUUUAAAAUUAUAUCCCCUGCAUAGCUGUGGGCUGCAUGACCCACAAGGAAAUAUAUUCUGGAGUCACAGUCAGCUACAGAGAGACUCAGAGAGCAGCAAAAAGAGCACCCCCUCCCCAGGGGUACAAUUGAGCAGAUGGGUUCAAAGAACUCGUGGCCCCCAACUCCUGAGGGCCCUAGCUCCACCGCUCUAUAUUUUCUUCAUUAUCUCCCUCACUCCAAGGGGCCACCAAUAGAGGGGCGAACACGGGCCCCCUCUUCCCUAGCUACACCCCUGCCCCUCCCCCAUAGCACUGUGUGUUCCCUUCAUUAGUCUGGAUGUUAACCAGAGAAGGCAGCAAAGCAAUGGUGUCUGCCUUUGCAGCUGGCGUAAGCAGGUCUCUCCAUUGCU